AUGCUCAGUGCAUUUCGUUUUGUACAAGUUGCAGCGAGAAGGACCAUAUACACAUCAACAAACGCCAUGGGAUCGUUGAAAGUUGCCGUGAUCGGCCAGUCGCAGUUUGGUUUGGAAGUCUACAAAAACCUCAGAUUAAAAGGCCACGAGAUCGUCGGAGUAUUUACAGUUCCUGAUGUUAAAGGAAAACCAGAUGUUCUUGCGACAGGAGCCGAGCAAGAUGGAGUGAAAGUCUUCAAAUUUCCGAGAUGGAGAACAAAAGGGGAACCGAUUCCCGAAGUUGUAGAAGCGUACAAAGCUUGCGAAGCGGAGUUAAACGUGCUUCCAUUCUGUUCGCAGUUUAUUCCCAUGAACGUUAUUGAUUUCCCUAAACAUGGUUCAAUCAUUUAUCAUCCUUCUUUGCUGCCGAGACACCGAGGAGCUUCAGCUAUCAAUUGGUGAGUGAAUCUUAUGUAAGAUUUGUUUUGGUCACGCAAAGAUCGUGAACGUGGUGUUGUCUUCUCUGCGGGUUUCCGUUGAGUGUUAUUUAAGCUCAAUUUCCUCAACUAAAUAAUGCCCCUCUUGACUUAAGCGGAGAGUAUUUGAGGUUAGAAUUGCAAUUAAGCGAAAAUGUGCUAUUCAGUUUCAAAUUAAUCGAAUUAUGUUUGAUUUGAAAUACGUAUCCAAAAAAAUCUAAUCACUACAUUACGCUCAACAAUGGUCGAAAAAUUAUGAAUGACUUCUUGUUAAAACAUGGCAUGCUAAUGAAGCUGCUUUUGUCGGUUUAAAUCUUCCGGUAGUUAGAGAACGAGUCAAACCGGAAUUAAAUUAUAGAAAAAAAGCCAGCCUCUCCCUAGAACUCCAAGCCGGUAAAAGUGUUUUUGUUUACAGGGUAACAAGGCUUUAUUGUUCAUUUAGCUUGCAACGAACCUUAACGAUUUCUUUGCUAAUCAUACAAUUUCAAGCCGCUUUUCUUUAAAAAUAAAAGUGGGAAACGGCCUGGAAACCUGUUGGUUGUUACGUAAAUGUAAUGUUUACUUUGUUUUGUGCUAAUGUGUUAAAUUGUGGAGAAUGUUAUGUCUGUUUUAUGCGUUAGUCGCCAUCUUGUUUUAAUAAUUUUCGAUUAGCUUGGGAAAAAAUUCUUCAUAACAUCAUCUCGAUAUUGAAGAGUGUAUCAUCAAAUUGAAGAUUUUCCCGUUGGAAUUGGUUUAAUUUUGGGUAUUUUGCUGAGACUUUUCAGAGUCACGGUGGAAUCGUGCAUGAAAAUUUAUAAUCUUCCUCGUUAAGCUAAAGUAAUUGUUUGCGAGUACAUUUUUGAUCAUCAGCUCCUCUUUCUCUUAAAAAUAAACCACAACCUUAGUGAGCACUUUCAGAAAGUGAGCAAACACCUCCCUCUGAUCUGAGAAUGGUUUUGAAUGACCAGUUUUUUGAAGGAACGGUAUGCUCCAUGCAUAUGUAGAAAUCAUACAAUAUAUUUUUUUUGUGGCUGUUUUUAAAAGUUUGCAGGAAAUCAUGAAAGCGUCUGUGCUUCGUGAUUCCAAAGAGAAAUGUAACAUUUACAAGUUUUCUUAAAAUUUAAUAAAGAAAUUUGACAUUUUGAAUCAUGCAUAAUAAACUGGCCACUAUAGCCAGUGAUUUUACAGUUUCACUUCUAUUCUUUGUUGAAAAACUCUUGGCCAUCUCUUUGAACAAUCAGGAACUAAUGAAAAAGCCAUUCUUGACUCCAAUAAUAAUCUUUUUGUGAGAGUAGGGUGGAUAUUUGUUCUUUAGUGUUCAGUUAUUAUUUGCUUUUUUUUUGUAGCUAAGUUUUGGAGAUCUAAAUAGCUGUGUUGUCCUAUGUCAAAUUGUAUGGCAUUGAAGGAAAAAAAAUUUUUAUGGUCAGGUUAAUUUCUGGUAUUUGUAAGUGCAAUAAUGCAUAAAUUUUUAUACAAGCACAUGCACUUCUUCAAAGAUGAAGAUAUAAAUAAUAUGGAUUCUGGAGUAUACUUCUACUCUAAAUGGGAUUAAUAGGAUUUUUUGAUAGAAGAGAAUUUCUGGAAGAAAACCAUCUUUGAAGUUUAGUGGAAAAGCAGAAAAACAUCACAUGCUAAAGUGAUUUAAAAGAUAAACCAGUGCAAGAAUUCACAAGGGGAUCUGUGAACCCUAAGAGGGUAGGGUACGUGGUAUAAGUCUUCUUGCUUUCUUUUGGUUAUUAAUGUACAGUUUAAUAAGAUCUCCUUAGAGGGAAGUUUGUUACACUGCUCACCUAUGUUUAGUCACAUGUGUCUGUUUUUGUUAGGACUUUGAUGGAAGGAGACGAGCAGGGAGGCUUCAGUGUGUUCUGGGCUGAUGAUGGUCUGGAUACAGGUCCAAUUCUUCUUCAAAAGAGUGUAGAUAUUGAUCCCAAUGAGACAGUUGACUCCUUGUACAACCGGUUCUUGUACCCUGAGGGCAUCAAAAGCAUGGUGUGUGGCUUCAUAAUCUCUAAAAUAAAACUGAAAACAAGGGUAGGACAUUCUACGUGACAAGUUACAAAGAUGCAAUGCAGGAAUGCUUAUACAGGUCACGGCAAAAAUUUGCUUUGUCUCACCUGGAGGAUUUCUUUAUUAAUUUUUACUCCUAUGAUUGAGAAUUUUAUCCAAAUCAAGUCACUCAAAUUAUUACUGGUUUGAAUUUUUGUGUACCUUUCUAGCCAGGGAGACAAAAUCAUAUUUGAAAUUUAGCAUUGUGAAAACAGAAAAGAAGAAUUUGUAAAUCAUGUUUAUAUGUCUAUGAAUUAAACAGUAGUCAUCAAUAUAUUUUAACAAGGCUAAUUUCCUUGAGUAUCUUGUAUCUUAGAGCGCAGUCUGUGAUAGAAAGAAAAAAACUUACCUGAGAAAAUUUUUUUUAUGACAGGUGGAAGCUGUUGAUUUGAUUAGUGACGGUAAAGCUCCAAAAAUUCCUCAACCAGAAGAAGGAGCCACCUAUGACAAAAUAUGGAAAAAGAAAGAAGUGGCCAAGGUUUGCAUCAUUUAGAUAUUACUUAUUGUAUAUUUUCAUGAAGAACUGUUCCAUGCUGUUACUUCUUCCAUUUACUGUUAUAUUUUGUUUCUCAACACAGAUCAACUUUGCCCAGCCUGCUACUGUGUUGCACAACUUCAUUCGUGGAAAUGAUAAGGUGAGUCAUUUAUUUCUCCAGUUAUACAUGUAAUAUUACAUUGUAUGUGAGUGCUACUGCAUUAUUUCAUAAUGAAACUACAUGUAUUUGUCUGAUCUAACAGCUUCCUGGAGCAUGGGCCAUGAUUGAUGGUCAGGUGAGUUUUAAAAAUUAUUACUGUUACAUGUACACAACUGUAUUUGUUAAUAAUUUUAGAAAUUCAUUAGCAGAUUUGAUUAUUAUACUGCUAGCUUUGUGAACUUGAGUAUUACAGUAGACUAUUGAAAAUGCCAACUGUAGUGCAAAAGUUGGUUUACAGUUCACAUUUUGUAUGAGUUCAUUGUUGACAGUGCUUUGAAAAGUUUAGAAGGUAGUACAACCUGUACCUUGGAUUAGAUCAUAAAGGAAAUGAUCACCUACUAAAGAAGCUCUUGAAUGUGAAGCAAAUUCUCCUUUUCAGCGACUUAGGAAAUUUCUGGAGAACAGUAGGGAGAAUGUGCAUACUGAUGUUAGGGUGUGAUUAGUUUAAAAAAUUCCUUUAUUUAAAUGCAACCAAUUUUUUUCUACUUGUACAUGCAGCAAGUAACAUUUUAUGGGUCAUCAAUGACACCUGGUGAUAAACCACCUGAUGGUUCUGCAGUCACAAUUGAAGGCCUGGAAAUGCCUGCCAUAGUGCACAGUGGGGGUAUGACGUUGACAGGAACUGAUGGCAAGAUGGUGAGUGCAGAGCUAGGUUGUGUCACAUAUUACAUAAUGCUGACUGCAGUAUUUAAAUGGUUCAAACCAACCCUGUAUCAACAGUUUUGGAUUUUCGUUCGUCCAAAAUCUCAGAGAAAAGAUCUUUUGGUGGAAAGAAACUAAAAUACAUUUGAUUUUAUUACUAAAUACAGUAUCAGUAGAACAGUAGGAUAGAACUUGUGAUAAUCAAUUUUUUUUCUUAGUUAACAGUAAAGACCCUUCAGCUUGAGGAUGGACGUAUGAUUCAGGCAUCUAAAUUUGGUCAGGUGGAAGAAGCAGCAGAAGCAAUUGAGCUUACAGAGGAGGAAAGAGCCAUGGAAGGAAAGUUGAGGGUAAUGUGAUCAUAAUUCUACUUUGAUCUAAUAUUUAAUUCUCCUGAUUUCUACAGUAUCUUUGAUAAAAAAGCUCACUCUUAUGUUGAUGGCGAGUCAAAAUAAUUUUCAUAAUAACAUUGUGAUAAUUAAAAUACCACUCUCCAAAGGAAGACAGUAUAACUUUUUAACUCUUGGAAGUGAUAAUCAUAUAACUACUCCUUAUGAUUUCCAUACAUUAUCCAACAAACAAGUUAUGAGAAUACUAAAGUUUAUCAAGUUGUCAUCUUGAUCUAACACCAAAUUAACAAGGACCAUAUAGCAGCUAGAGGAUAGAAUCAAAAACCAGGUCUUGGGGGUUACAGAGAUAAAGUAAUUACUUAAGGAAGUUUUGUGUACGUUCCAAUCAAUCUUUUUUGCCAGGAAAAAUUUCCUCUAUGGAAAUUUGGUCGUGGAUGUGAGUGGGAUAUUCUGAAGGGACCAGUAUCUCAUAACUGGCAACUAGUGUUUAAACUGACUUUACUUUUUUUUGUCCUUAUGGUUGUGUUUUAGGAAAUUUGGACAGGAAUUUUGUCAAAUCCUGAUAUUGUUGAAGACACUGACUUCUUCAAGGCUGGAGCUGGUUCAAUGGAUGUUACACGGUAAAGCAUGUGUUAGUUAAUUGUAACUCAAAAAUUUUUACUUCAUUCUUUGUUGCCACUCAUAUGUAACUUUUGUCAUGUUUCCCUUAGGCUUGUUGAAGAGGUGAAAGAAAAGUGUUCAAUAGUACUGGAGGCAGAGGAAAUUUACAUGAAUACAAGGUAUGGACACAAUGGUAAAUAUGUUAAGUUUGUAAAAGUGUAUUCAACUGAUGCACUACUUUAUGCUUUAGUAAUUAUCAAAAUUUUUUAUCUUUAACAGUCAUUCUUCCUUGUCCCCUUGUAUUGUGUUUUUAUAUAUUUCUGCAACAGCUUUAGCUAUGUGUUCAGUUGUUAGAUGGUCCUCUUCAGUUUGGGGGAGAAUGUAUGUGUGUGUGUUUUUUUUUUAAGAGAAAUGUUAAUAUAUUGAUGCAAGUGAGUAUUUUCAAUUUCAGAUAUGGAGAUUUUGUUCGAUUGUCUGUCCUGAGGUAUUGUGGAGGAGGACAAGAGGAAUUUAGCUGUAGUACUGUAAGUACAUUUGAAAGGAGUUGAUUAAUCAAUGUUUUAAAAUGUUCACCUGAUUUUAAAGUGUAAGAGGGUUAAACUGUCCUUGAUCAAAUCCUAACAUUUGGUCAGGAGUAUGUUUUCUUGUUAGCUUCAUCAGGAUUCAAUGUGUUGAUUUCAAUCUUUUUAUUAAGGUUGACAUGGAUGUGAACCACAUGACUAUACAAAUGCCUCAUGAGCUGUUUAUUAAUGGAGAGUUUGUGGAUUCUUCCAAUGGACGCACAUUUGACACUAUCAACCCAACAGAUGGCUCAGUAAGUAUUUAACACAUCCAACAUGACAUUAGCCUACUUUCAAACCAUGAAACUUUCCCUUCAAUACCUUCUGAUUGUAGAGCUAGAUUACCUGUCUUGGUCCUCAUUGUUUGAAUGAUGGAUAACGCCAUCCAAUGAAUAAAUUGGGUGGAUACAUUGCAGUACGUUUCGAUAAAAAAGUAUCCACUGGAAAGCGAUUUAUCUGUUGGAUAGCAUUUUCAACCUUUGAACAACUGGACCUUAGAGCGAAAUGUUUCAAUAUACUCACAUACUGAAGUUUUUUUUAAAUUGGUAAUUAAUAAUGUCUCUCAACUUAAUUAAUCGGUACAUUUAUCUUUUUUUUUACUCAAGGUUCUUGCCAAAGUCUCACUUGCCAGUGUGGAGGAUGUGGAUAAGGCUGUUGCAGCAGCAAAGGUUUAUUUCAGUUUUCUUCUUGUGAAGUUCUUAAACACUAAUUUUAAGUAUGUUUUUCUUGGGUGAUUUAGGGCUUUAGUUGUUGGAGAAUUUUCUGACAAACACAUGAAAGUCUCUGGCUAUAUUCUAAUGGUUUGAGCUGUUUUUUAUUCAGAUAAAUAUUCUUCCAUUAAUUUUCACUACAGUAUUAUAAAAAAAGUUUUCACAUUGCAUGUUGUCUUAGUAAAAUUUGAUGAUCAGAUACAGGCGCUGUUGAUCUUAGUAUGCUGUAAAAGUUAAAUUUUUAUGUUUAUUAUAUACUACCAAGUGCUGCUUUCAACUGAAUGCAAAUGAUUCUCAUUCUCCUCUCUUGCAUCCACUUGAAAAAGUAUGAAAUUUUCAGGUUCAAGGAUGAAAUUCAUUUAUUUUCAUUUGCUGGGUAGAAGUGAUCUAAUAUCUGACUUUAUAAUCAAUUGAUACACAAUAUAUAACAGUGUACAUGUUGUAUAACAAGAUCCUGUCUCCCUAGGAAGCAUUUUACAAUGGGCCAUGGGGAACAAUGAAUGCUAGAGAUCGUGGACACUUGAUUUAUAAGUAAGUCAGCAGUUAUUUGCUAUAAGUGACAACUGCAAGUUAAUUAAUUGCUAGGUGAAUUGAUUUGAUCAGUAUGCUCACUGAAAGGUCAAUAUACAAGUCAUAGCAACAAUCAAACACAAUUUAAACAAUAUGCAACAUUUGUUGAAUUCAGAAAUCUGACAAAAAGAGGUGUGUUAAGCAUUCUUUUGAGUAGGCUCUAGAAAUCAGUCAUGAACUUGAUUAAGUUAUAGUGCAGGCUGCAAAUCAUUCCAUCUUCUGUACUUUUGAAACACUCUUCCUCAUUAUGUUGUGACUUUGUCUUGUACCUUAGCUAAAAGUGACCAGCAUGUAAUCUCUUCUUAUAAUAUCUCCUCUGAAUCACACUUAAGGGUCACAAGAAUAAAGGAAAUGAUCACCAACUAAAGAAGCUGUUGAUUGUCACACAAAUUCUCAAUAUCAACACCUCAGGAAAUAUAAAGAGAACAGUGUGGAGAAUCUGUAUACUGAUGUUAAGGUGUAAACUGAUAUUAAGUGGUAGUGAAUGACUUCCUAACUUUCUCGCUGUUGUUGUGUUGUGAAGGUUGGCUGACCUGAUGGAAGAACACCAGGAAGAACUUGCCACUAUUGAAUCUCUUGACUCUGGUGCUGUGUAUACUCUGGCCCUCAAGACACACAUAGGAAUGUCUAUUGCCACACUGCGUUACUUUGCUGGAUGGGCCGAUAAGAUUCAGGUUAGCACACUUCUUACCUUCUGGCCGAUUUGUCUUUGCAAAGUUGAUAUGCUUAAACAAAAAAAAUUGGGAGUUGAGAUAGUUUUGAUUUUAACUGGAGAUAAACACCAUGCAAUACAUCAAGGCUUAGUCCUCUCAAUUGACAUUUCAAGAAGAUCGUGUUUUUUGUUGAUGUGUCAUGACUUAUCUAAUGAUUUUAAUUUCUUUUUAAUUAGGGACUGACAAUUCCUAUCAAUAAUGCAAAACCAAACAGGAACUUGUGCUACUCAAAACGAGUACCAAUUGGGUAAGUAGAGUAUGGUGUAACUCUUCACAGAUAUAUCUUUACAGAUACAUUCCAUUGAGCAGAUUUAUUAAAAUAUCUCAGAACAUAUUAGGAUUCUUAAUAAUUCAUAAUUUUUUUCUCAGUCAUCUUAAGCAACAAAUUAAAAAAAUCAAUAUUGUUUAGGCUUGCAAGUAUUUUAAUGUUUUACCAACAAAACUAAUUUCCUUUAACAAGUAACAUUAACAAUGCAACAGUAAUAGGACUUGUGAUGGUUUUUUAUUUUAAUUUUGGGAUUACCAUAAUUAAAACAAGGUUUGUAUUGUUUUUUUUUAAUUUUACCAACUAACUAGAAAACUUGUUAGCCAAAGGAAAGUAAAAAUCUCUUGAUGGGAGUGAUAAUUGUGGGAUAUGAUGGGUUUUUGGCAAGCGUAUUUUGCCAAAUACUUGGGCCAAAACCUUCAAAUCCCAUGUUAUGACACCUUCUUGCUUUUUUAAGGUUUUAAUUGCAGGCUGACAUUUAUGAGCAAGACAAACCAUCAUGCUUACAGUGUAAGUGGUUGCACUUCCUUCACCACUCUUGGCAGCUUUGCCUUGAUAAAAAGGAAGUACCAUAACUAGAGUAUUGUUCAGGUACAGUGAUGCUUGAUCCUAAAUUGGGGAAAAUCAAAAUUUUCCUCCUUAUUGUUCCAUUUGCUUUUGGAAGAAAUUCUUUUUCUUGUAAGAGUACCGCUUAAAGGUACCUCGGACAACAAUUACUAUAUAAUAGUUUAUGUACAGGAAUUCACGAGUCAUGAUGUGGCGUUAAAAAAGGACAAUGCAAUUAUUGUAAAGUUCAUAAAGUUCGGCAUGUAGGUUGAUUUUUACACUUUGAUUGGUGGUUGUUCUUCCUUCACCACUCACGGCAAUAUUGACGUGAUAAAAAGGAAGCAAUACUUGACAGCAACUUGUAAUUGGUGGUUUUUGCAGGUAUUGAACACUAUUCCCCCAACACAAGCUUCACACGACAAAUCUGUUUUAGAAUUAAACUUUAGAAAUUAUCAGGGGGCAAAUAAAAAGUACUGGGCCACUUACUGGAUAUUUUUUGCUUAUGACUGAGAGAAUGUUAGGAAUUCAAAGCCUUAAUAUACUAUUGUUUACAAUGGUGUAUGUUUUACAGUGUCUGUGGUUUGAUUGUGCCUUGGAACUAUCCACUGAUGAUGCUAGCAUGGAAGAUCUCUCCACUCUUGGCUGCUGGUAACACUGUUGUACUCAAACCAGCACAGGUAAGGUUAAAAAAGCAGAUUUUCUUUAAAUUCUGAAGCAGGCAGUUGUUGCUAGAAUGUGAUCAGAGCAGUCAGCAAAGUUUAUGCAUUGCUGGCUGAUAUACAUUUAUACCACACUACCAUGAUGUAUUGCAACAAUGAAUGAAAAUUGAUGGUAAUAGAAGAAGAAGUAGAUAAAGGAGAAAAGGAAGAUGUAGUGUGAGUAAGUAGGAGAAAUACUUGACAAUCUGAAAUAGACAAAGUAGAAGAAGUAUCUAAUGUACUAGUAGCAGCAGCAGCUGGUGGUCUUCCCAUCCUGACUCUGCUUUCAAAGCAUAUAUAUCAUUGAAUACAAUCUUCUGCUAGCCACCUUCCCCCCACAUCUUCCACCCACACAUUCUUGCACAACUCUUUUUUAUGGGAGUCUGGCCUUUGAUUAUAGGGCCAAAACUCAGAUGCUGUCUCACUUUGAAGAGCCACCAUAAGUAGCUGGUCUUAUGUAACUUGGCACACUUUUCCAAUCCCUUAAAUCACUUAUGUUUAUAUAAUUAGUGCUUUCUGUCAAAUGAUUGCAUGAGUUUAAAAGUAUAAUUUGUUUACCUCUUAAUAGAUGGCAAAUGAAAAUUGAUUUGUAAUUCAUUUUGUAGGUAACACCAAUGACAGCUCUGAAGUUUGCUGAACUUGCUGCCAAAGCUGGAUUUCCCAAGGGUGUCAUCAAUAUCUUACCUGGAUCAGGUGUGCUUUUGUAGCAAGAAACCAGUUUGAGUAUAGUCAUGGUUGUUCUGUUGGAUAUAGAGAUGACUAAGAUACAGUGGUGGAUUACUUUAAAUUGCUCUGCAAAGUUGCAAGCGGUUUAUUCUGCUGUUUUUUUGGACUGUGAUUAUUGUUUGAAUAGGGUCUGUGGUUGGAAAUCGUAUCUGUGUUCAUCCUGAUAUCAGAAAAGUUGGUUUCACUGGAUCGACUGACACUGGACGGUCGAUAAUGUCAAGGUACUAUUUCUACUGUGUAAAAAUUACUCCAACCUGUAACAGUAACUACAUUCUGUGUAUGCACUUUAUAAUCUUAUGAGCUAUAAUUGUUAUGUCCUAGGUUAAUUGUUCCUGGUCCUAUGAUCUAAUUUCUCCUCAUAAUAUCACCCCUGAAUCACACAUUUAGGAUAGGAGAAUAAAGGAAAUGAUCACCAACAGAAGAUGCAUAUUGAUGUUAGGAUGUAAAGGGCCAAUAGUUGUUCCUGGAAAAAAUGUCUUGAACUGUGUUGGGAUAAUGAAUUUUUUUUUCUUUGAAAAAAUUCUUCUAGCUGUGCUGUCAAUGUCAAGAAAUGUUCAUUGGAGUUGGGUGGGAAAUCACCUCUUGUCAUAUUUUCUGACUGUGACAUGGACAGAGCUGUGCGACAGGUGAGAAUAUUGUUAGCUUGACAUAUACAUGUACUUCUGGGUAUUUGAAAGGACUUACUGUGACAAAUGCACUGGCAAUUCAAUUCAACUGAAACGUGAUACACUAUGGCCACAACAGUAAAAAAAAUUGAUAUUCUGAAAUCUAGAUGAAAAGUAAAUAUAAUCACAAUAAAGGUGUAAGUUAGUAAAUUUUAUGUUUUUAGUUUUGUUUUGUUUAUUGGUUUGUUUUUUUUUCUUUUAACCAGGGAAUGAUGGCUUGUAUGUUUAACAAAGGAGAGAACUGCAUUGCUGCUGGUGUGUGAAAUGUUUAAAAAUCAAUUUGUGAACACAUACUCUACUUCCUAAUAAAUUUCUUAUUUUUCUCGACUAUAAAUUAGUGCUUCAUUUUUCACUCUGUGGUUUUGACUUUGAAAGCCAACAACACAAAAGAAUGAAUCAGAUUUCUCUCAAAGAAAUGUUUACAGAACUGAGUAUGAUUUUUUUGUAAUUUUUUUUUUUUCAGGCCGACUUUUUGUUGAAGCAUCCAUUCAUGAUGAAUUUGUGCAGCGAGUGGUGAGUCAUCCAGAAGCUAUUCUUCUCCCUAAAUUUACUUUAAGUUAUGACAAGAAGCUAGCAGUGAAACAGAAGCAUGUUGAAAGCUACAUUUGGUUUUACAAUAGGUGGAAGAAAUAAAAAAGAUGAAAAUUGGGGAUCCACUUGAUCGUUCAACAGACCAUGGUCCUCAGAAUCACAAGUAAGAUUUAAAUACUAUUUUGCUGUACAAUGAAUUUGAUUGAUGAUAAGGUUACUUAACCCCAUUGAUCCCAAGAUCAUAAUAGUAAUUCUUCUUACUGUUUGCCAUACAAUUCUUAUGAUGUAAGUUGGGAGAAUUUGGUAUUGAAUCAACUAAUAUUCCUGUCUUGAUCACUCAUGAGAGUAAAAGGGUUAACUGUUCAACAAAUGAAAUAUUGAUGAUUACAUGCUCAUCAGUAAUUUUAUUGCAACUUCUUAGAUAAGCCUCAUUCAUUUCAAUCCCAAAGGGCAGGCCACCUGAAGAUUUUAGAAUUUUCUUAGUUGUGCAAAAGAGUAGCAGUGCUAACAUUAAGUUAAUUGUUCUUGAUCACUAAGGGAAAGGGGAUGGGUAUUUUUGCAACUGGAUGAGAUACUGUGUAUGUCCAGAAAUGCAUGCAGUUAUGAAAAUGGUGAAAAUUCAUCAAAAUCGUUAAAUCUGCCAGGCUGAUUUUGCUUUGAGGAAUUUGACUAAAAAUUUGCACAAGUGGACUGGAUUUUACAGAUUGUACUGUAUAGUGGGUGUGGACAGUAUGUUGACCAGUAAUGUUUGAGACCACACAGGUCUGAACAAGAGACUAAGAAAGUACUAGACAGUAAAAAAAGAAAAGAAAAACAGUGUUGUUUUGCUUUUUUUAUAUUUCAGAGCUCAUCUUGACUCUCUUGUUGACUAUUGCAAGAAAGGUGUGGAGGAAGGAGCCACACUAGUGUAUGGUGGAAAACAGCUAAACAGGCCAGGUUGGUCUAAUUUAAAAUUCAAGUUAACUGGUCACUGUUUACAGAAAUAAUACAUUUUGGAUAUUGUUGAAGAACACUUUCUGAGCAUUAACAGUAGCCUCCAUUUGGCUAGCAAAUGUGCAGAAUAUUUGUCAGCAAGCAGAAAUAUUUGAUGUGUUAUAAUUGCAAAUAUCACAACAACAAAAAUGAAUGCAGAUGGAUAGAUAAAAUUAGUUAGGUUAGCAAUACAUGAUGUGGUGUUGUACCAUACCAAAUCAAAAACUAAUGGUCCUUUUGUUUGAGCUUCUCAUUUUUAAAAUAACUGGUGAUCAGUCAUGUAAUUAAUUUUUAUACAUGUAUUUACUUUCACAGGGUACUUUUUUGAACCCACUGUGUUCACAGAUGUGAAAGACAACACAUUUUUGUCACAAGAAGAAUCAUUUGGCCCAAUUAUGAUUAUCUCUAAAUUUGAAGACGGGUAAGUAUGCUGGCUGUAAUAAAGGGAAAAAUAAGUCAAUACUUGACCCAGAUGGCCGACACAGAUCAUCCCAGUUUCCUUAGCAUGAAGUGACUUACAGUAUCACUACUUACCCUUUGGAUAGGAUGUUAUUCCACUCCAAGGUUAACCCCCAGCAUUUCAUCAGGUUUCCCUGACAAUCCAACAGUACCCAUUUGUACUCCUGGGUGGAGAGUCAGGCACAGAGAGGGUAAAGGGUUUUGCCCAAGGACACAAAAAGACUGAUCCAGCUAGGUCUUGACCCCAGAUCUCUUGACCCGAAGUCUAGCACACUGAUCAUUGGGCUGCUGCAUCUCCUACAUUGACUGUCAUAAUGUACUAUACAUGCAGUUACUACCCCUAAAUGCAAUCAAAUUUGGUAUGAAAAAGUAAGUGCCAUCCAGGGCCGGGCAUGAUAAAGGUUUAUAAAAUGGUUUGCUAAUGCCAAAAUGGAUGCGGCAAAGAAAAUCUGAUGGUGUAUGUGAAAAUGAAGGACUUAUCAAAUUCUGCAACAACCCAGUCAGUUUUGCUCACAAGUUGUGCAUGUUUAUCUUCAGUGAUGUUGAAGGUGUUUUAAAGAGUGCCAAUGGUACGGAAUAUGGAUUAGCUUCUGGAGUGUUUACAAAGGAUUUGAGCAAGGUUUGUUGCUGUAUGAUAUCCAAUAAUGAAAGCUUUGGUAGAACCCUUCAAAUGACAUUUCUAAAAACUAAGAAGGGAAGCAGUUUUGCUAUGGAAUCAGUGAAAGGUCAACUCAGCUUACUAAAUAUUCCAUCUUUUACAGCUAAAGCAAUUUUGAAGUUGUUAGAAUUAUAUGAUUUUAUUGUUUUGGGGAAAAAAGGAAGAUUGGUAUGAUGAAAAAACUUGAGCCUGUCUGAGCAAAGGUUAUUGAAGGCUCUAUUAGUUUAUAAUGAAGUCUGUUAGAAGUGUUUAAUUGUUUUUUUCUUUUCUAUCUUUAAGGCUCUUCGUGUGGCUGAUGGACUGGAUGCUGGGACAUGUUUUGUGAACACUUACAACAAGACAGAUGUGGCUGCCCCUUUUGGUGGGUUCAAGCAGUCUGGCUAUGGAAAAGACUUGGGUAAGGCUAAAUCUAAACCUUUCAUGUUGCAAACCAAGUCAGGUCUAAAUCUAAGGGAAGUGAUGUCGAUGAUUAUUGUUGCGAUUAGUGUAGUGCAAGAUGGGCACCAUUUAACUAAUAAUAUAUAUGUAUAUAUUUUUGAUGAAAUUAACUUUCCAUCAAGUUUUACUAAUUGGCCUCCUUUUCUUUGUGUUUAUUACCAUGACAAUGAAUUUGAAUUUUUUUGGAGUUAAAAGUAAACAAUUUUUUUUUUUUUUUGGGGGGGGGGGGGGGAAAUUACUUUUUAAAAAAAAUGAGAAGCUACUGAACAGUAAUUAGUUCUUUGGAAUUUUGGCAAACUUACUGUUUCAAUAUAAAUUGCUAAACUUUUGGUAAUGAUGGUUUUUUUUUCUCCUGCUCAUCUUUAAUUUUUCUGCAAUCAUGUGACUAAAAUGUACUUGUUAUCUUUUGCAGGGGAAGAGGCUCUUAACGAAUACCUGAAGACUAAAGUUGUUACUGUAGAAUACUGAACAUCUGAAUUAUUUUAUUUGUUAUGCAAUGCAGAAAUGGAUGUGCUAAUUUUUGUGAUAAUAUGGUACUUCAUUAGUCUUUUAGGAACCCUUAAAAAGGCUAAAAUCAAAAUCUGUUCUGCUAACUCUGGCUCUAGCAAUGAUAGUCUUGACAUUCAGUGGAGUCUCAUUUUCUUUGAUCUCUUGUUGACCAGAGGAAAAAAGUUAGGCUCUUGUCAGCAUUAGUGAUAUUCUGCCUUCUUGAAACAUCAACAACAAAUUUCCACAUGCUGAUCAUGAAAAUGUAAUGUAUUAACUUAUAUAAACAAGAGUACUGGUAUAUUAAGAAGUUAUCGAUUACUGAUUGGAACAGAAUGCUAUCAAUUUUUUUUUUAAUUUAAGUCAAAAAUUUAUCUCUAAUACCAACAUCAAGGAGGAAAUAUGUAGUAAGAAUAUUUUGAUUUGAUGUUACAAGAGGUUUCACAGAAAAUAUGUUUGUACUGUUAGCCCUUUAACUCCCAUUAGUGACCAAGACACAAUUUCUCCUAACAAUAUCAAUACAAUAUCAAGCAGACAAGUGAUGAGAAUGAAGGACAAUAUCAAUUAGGGGAUUAUAGUGGUCGAUCAAACACUAAAUUCUCCCAACUAACAUCUUAAGGAUUGUAUGGGAGAUAGUAAGGAGAAUUUCUAAUGAGACCUUUGGAGUGUAUUUGUAAGGGUUAAUUUGUAGAAAUUGCAGCAGAGAUACAAAGACAGAAAUCAUUUUCUAUUGAGUUGGAGGUUGAAGUAUGUUAGCAAUUUUUAUCCAUUGGCAUCAUAAGUAAUAUAUGGAAACAAGUUAAGUUGAAAAACUGACAGUAGUUUAGCAUGGUCUGUACUCUUGUUGACAGUGAUAUUUGUAAACCACUGUUGAUUUGUUUUUACCAGUAUCAACUGCAAAUGAAAUGAUUAUUUCAGUGCAUGACCUGUGUGUGACAUGUUUAUGCACAUAGCAUUGUCUGUACUCUUAUUGAACAAUGGCAAAUUGGCCAAUCAGAUUGCAAAAUUAUUGCCAAUUGUGGUAAAAAACUUUUUUAUAUGGAUCCAGUUCAAAAGGGGUAUCAGAUCACAAGGAUUUUCUAAAUAUUGAUUGACUUGCAUGCCGUAGUUGAGUUGUACAUGUACAAGUAUGUAGAUAUUUUGAGCGAGCCCACAGCCAAUAGGAAGAAUAGGAAGUCACUUAAUUUGCAUGCACUUUGUUGCCUGAGCACAAGCAAUAAAUUUUGACAGUAUUCUAUUUUAGAGAUUUAGAUUUGCUGCUAAAUUAUUGUGCUGCACUGUGGCUAUUAUUCAUCUCUGGCUUCAGUAAUUAUCAUUUGCAGUGCUAAUUUGCAGUAAGGUGAAGGCAAAUUCAUCUAAUCCAUUGUUAAAAUCUCUGCAAUAUUUUAAUUAUUGUCAAAUUGUGUAGUACAUGCCAUAUUACUUUUUUAGAUAAAUGUCACAGUAUGUCUUAUUUUGUUGCUUAGUGACUGAAAAAAAUGUCUGUGUAGUUGUACUAUUCAUAGUGAAUAUCAAAAAUUAUUAAUUUUGAUAUUAGGUAAUUAGUGCCUGCUUUAAGCUUUAGAGAGACAACUAUUGCAUGUACUUUAUUGUUGAGCUGCUUAAUGAAUGAAGCCAAUUAAAAGCUUUAGGC